AUGAACGGCCACAAUGGCCACUCAGGACAUCAAGACAUACACAAGCGUUGCCCAUAUGCGAACGCUCAGGAUCAAGCCAAACCGAAGACGGAACAUGAAAAGCGUUUUCUUCUUAGUUUGAUCAAAUCACCUGUCGAUAUUACCAACGAACAUGCAUUCCAACCACCGGACUUCGAGAAUGGCGACCAGCGAGGUCCCUGUCCAGGUCUCAAUGCACUCGCAAACCAUGGGUAUAUUCCACGGAGUGGAGUGGUGUCGUUCGUAAAUGUGAUUGCGGCAAUCAACAAAGUAUAUGGCAUGGGCGUCGAUUUGGCCACCGUCCUUGCGAUCAUGGGCACUGUAUGGGCUGGGGAUGUGCUGUCCCUCGAUCCCAGCUUUUCUAUCGGUGGUCCUGAUACUGGCGUCAACAGCCUGCUAAACAACUUAGGCGGCAUCCUCGGUGAACCACAAGGUCUGAUUAACUCGCACAACUUCAUCGAGGCAGACUCCUCCAAUACGCGUGACGAUCUCUAUGUUACGGGCAACAGCUGGACACUGAAUAUGGACAAGUUCAUGACAUGGUAUAAUAUGUCUUCCGACGGCACUUAUGAUAUGAGUCUCAUGGCCGAACGCGCAAAGAUCCGUAUGGAUCAAACUAUCCAUACAAACCCGGAUUUUUACUAUGGACCCGUGACUGGGCUCAUUUCGCGCAACGCCGGUUACAUUUUUGCAGGUCGACUGUUCCGAAAUCACUCCGCUGAGAAUCCAGAGGGAACACUGACUAAAAGCCACCUUCGCAAUUUCUAUGGCAUUUAUGGCCCGGAACACAAUUUGACCUACCGUGAGGGAUGGGAAAGGAUUCCUGAGAACUGGUACAAGACUCCUGUAGACUACGGGCUGAUCUCACUCAAUGUGGAUAUCAUUGGCUUCAUAUCGAGAUAUCCGGAGCUUGGAAGCAUUGGAGGGAAUAUGGGUAAAGUGGAUAGCUUUGCAGGAGUUGAUCUAGGGGAUGUGACAGAUGGUGUUUUGAACCUGGCUGGCUUGCUGAAGGAUAACAAUCUACUAUGCUUCGUGACUGAGGUGCUGAAAUUUGCCAGCCCCAACGCGCUUUCUGGGAUAUACUCGACCGUGGCUAAGCCGUUGGAAUUUGUUACCAAUAUUCUCGCUGUGCCUUUGCUCAACCUCACUUGUCCGGCAUUCCAAGACCUUCAGAUGGGAGGGAAUCCGCUAUGGGAGGCUCUUCAAGAUACCUUCCCCGGAGCUUUGAAGAGCAAGCGUUCGCUUUAG